UUAAAUAAAUAUAAAAGUGUAAAAAUCUACAUAAAAAAUUAUUUAUAAAUUUAAAGAAAAUAUUAAGAGAAAAAAGCUAAAAGCAGAGCAUUUUGUAAUUUAAAAAUAAAAUUAAUAAUCUUAUACCAGUUGCUUACAGUGCUGUUCAGUUGUUAUAAAAAAAUAUAUAAAAAUAAAAAUAUAUUAAUAUCUAAAGAAAAUAUGUUCCAAAAAGUUAAAUAAAUUAAACAUAACAAAAAUAACCUUUAACCCUUAAACAUAAAAGAAAAAUUGCUGCAAAACAACCUUUUGGGGGCUGUCAACUCAUACUCACCCUACUUGUAGUGUUAAAUAACUUUUCGCCUAAAAUCAUUUCGAUUUUAGUGAAAAAAGUAGAGAGCUGCCACACGUGUGUUUAAAUAUAGUACUUUAGUUUUUCUAAAAAAUUUAAAUCAAUAAAGAAAUUUUCACUCUAUUUGUAAAAUGUUGCAUCAUGAGAUCUUUGUUGAUGAUCAGCUGUUAAAGUAAUAACAUUUAAUAACAUUUGUUAUUUCGGCAUGAAAUGGAAGCAGCCAUACGUUCAUCAGUACAGGUCGGUGGUCCACAACCGCCACCUAAUGGUGGUCAAAAUCAACAACAACAGCAGCAACAACAACAACAGCAGCAUCAGCAAACAACAACAACAACAACAUCAUCAACAGCAACUUCAUCACCAUCAUCAAUUACAGCAGCAGCAGCAACAACAACAACAGCAGCAGCAGCAGCAGCAACAAAAACAAUCACAAAAUACUGAUAAUGGACCUACGUCCAAUCAACCACCCCAACAUCAUUCACAGCAUACACAACAGUCUAAUCAACAGCAACAACAACAACAGCAAGCAGCAAAUAUGUCAGCCUAUCAACAAAGGUUACCAGCUGGUGCAUCACCAAUCCAUAGAUUUUACAGGCCUGUUGCCGAUACAACGUCAUCGUAUACGAAGGGAAUUAGUGGUGGCCUGGGGCCGCCACCACCACAUCAACAAACACUACAGCAACAGCAGCAACAAUUGCAUGCACAACAAAUGCAUCAUCAUCACCAGCAGCAGUUGCAUCAGCAACAUCAGCAGCAACAACAACAACAACAGCAGCAACAACAUCAGCAGCAGCAGCAACAACAACAACAUCAUCAGCAACAACAGCAACAGCAUCAACAACAACAGCAGCAACAACAACAUCAUCAACAGCAACAACAGCAGCAUCAUCAUCAACAACAACAACAACAGCAGCAACAACAAUCGUCACGUUCGGCAGCUAGUCCUCUAUCACCACCACGACCCGGUCCUGGUUCACAAGCUGCUGCAAAUGUUUAUGCCAAAUUUACCGAUGUCAAUGCAGUACGCGAAGCACCCCAACGUUUCAUACUACAGAGUGCAUACGGUAUACCCGGUCCUGGAGCCCAGUAUCGUGAAAAUCCUUAUACGAGAAUACAACCGAUACAGGACUAUAGAGUGGCUGCUGCUCUGGCAGCUGCUGCACCACCGCCUGGCUCAGCUGGUGUGGUGCAAGGACCACCUCCUCCCUCCAGUGUUAGCAUUAGUGCUCCACAUGGUCUGGACUCGCUGCAUUUUGCCCAUCCACCUGCCACACAUCAAACCGUAUCGACUGGAUCGACGCAAUUGCUUAGCAAUGCGCCCAAUUCAGCAACGGGAGCGAAUACAAGCGGUGGCACCAGUUCCCCACAUAACAUCAACAAUACAGCACCUCCAAUGCCAGGUAGUGGCAGUAGUGGUAGCAUAAUUGGUGGCAAACGUAUACUUUUGCCACCCACACAUCGUCAGCAACCACAACCACAAUAUUCCAACGAGUAUCUGACAAAUGCUGUUUCGGCAGCUGCAGCGGCGGCAUCUUUAAAUCGACAUGGGCCACCUCAAGGUCCACCCGAUCCAGGUGGGCAACAGCCCUUUAAAAAGUUACGACUGAGUGAUGCAAAUAAUGUUGUCACCAAUUCCUCAAACACUACCAAUCACCUGCCAACAACACAUCAACUACAAAAUGUCCAACCACCUCCGCCUAGUCAGCAGCAACAACAGCAGCAGCAACAGCACCACCAGCAACAACAGCAGCAGCUUCAUCUCCAGCAGCAGCAACAACAUCAUCAUCAGCAGCAGCAGCAGCAGCAACAACAACAACAACAGAGACAACCUUCACCGGCUGUAGGUUUAACACAGGCACAAGCAAAUGCCCUAAGAUCAGCUAAUGCUGCUGCAGUCCAUGGUCACUCGUCAUUGCCUCCACACACGCAUUUAACGGUCCUGCCGCCCACUCAUUUACCCCCGCAACAACAACAGGCGCUGCCAACCAUGCAGCAGCAACAACAGCAACAAACUCAACCACAACCAGUGACGAUGCAUCAACUGAAAGUUGAGACGCAGCAACUACCGCCACCACCAAAUGCCAAUACACCGCCUAUAAAUCGUGCUACGCCCACUUCACUGGCGGGUGUUAAUACGGCCCUAAAUGUCAUAACAAAUUCUUCUACAAGUUCUACACUUAAGGCCAAUGCCUCCUCAUUGCCCUCAUCGGCAGUCACCUCAAAUACCUCGUCCUCCGUUUCAACGACUACUGUUACAGCUACAGCGUCAACUACGUCAUCGUCGUCGUCCACAGAAGCCUAUCAUCCCCAGGUGGAGGCUAUAUCGCCCACGCUGCCCGCAGACAAUGCCGAAGAGCGAGGUCCCACUGCCAAAGAGAAGCUGUUAAUGCAAAUCCAAGAAGUGGACACGGAACUCUCUAGCGCCGACGAUGCCCUAACAGCACUGCGCAAAAAGGAAAAGAGCCUGCUGGAUGUGGUGGCUGUAGCUAAAAAGCAAAAGGAACAGGCCGAGGCUGCCAGGUUAAAGGCUGAAGCUGAUGCCGAGGAAGAUGCCGCCAAUUCGUGGCGUUCUAAAACGCUGGCUCAGAAAAUCUAUUUGGCGAACCGUAAAACGGCCGCCUCCCAACAUUCCAUACUGGACAGCUGUGGUGAACGCUACUUGCUGCCGUUGUACAACCAACCUCUAGAUGUAGAACAUCUAGCAACACUUUUACAACGCCACCAAUCCAUCAUUAAAGGUCCCCUGCUGGAGCACAUACGUAAGAUAAAGAACGAUCGUUGGGCACACCACACUAAGGUGGCGGAGACUUACGCUCAAAUGUCUGCGGAGUGGCAAAAACGUGUCGAUAAGUCUGAAGCGAGCGCUAAGCGCCGUGCACGUGAGGCCAAAAAUCGCGAAUUCUUUGAGAAAGUCUUCACCGAAUUACGUAAACAACGUGAAGACAAAGAGCGCUUCAAUCGUGUGGGUUCACGUAUCAAGUCCGAAGCAGACUAUGAGGAGAUUAUGGAUGGUCUACAAGAACAAGCCAUGGAGGUGCGGAAGAUGCGCUCCUAUGCCAUUAUACCACCGCUAAUGUACGAUGCCCAUCAACGAAAAUGCGUCUAUCAUAAUGAAAAUGGUCUGGUCGAGGACAUGGUGGCGGUGCAUAAAGAAAAGGCCAAACUUAACGUAUGGACAGCAGGCGAAAAGGAGAUUUUCAAAGAGAAAUUCCUGCAGCAUCCCAAGAACUUUGGCGCCAUUGCUGCCAGUUUGGAUCGAAAAUCCGCACAGGACUGUGUACGUUACUACUACCUCAGCAAGAAGACAGAGAACUACAAGCAGCUGCUAAGAAAAUCCCGUCAGAGAACAAGAGCCUCGAAAACACUGCAAAAGUCUCAGCAACAACAGACUCAGUGCAUUAUUGAUUCGCUGACGACAGGUGUAACUACGCGAUUGCAAAGAGAACAACAGCAAAAGUCUGGAGGACGUUCAGCAGCGGCGGAAAGAGAACGUGAGAGAGCAGAACGUGAAAAGGCUGCAGAAAAGGCGGCAGCAGAAGCAGCCAAAGCGGCGGCCAGUGCAAAAGCCCUUAAAGCAGAAGCUGCUGCUUCUGCGGCUGAAUCGGUGUCCACAACAACAGCUGAUACCACUACUACUGAAGCGUCUAAAGUAACGUCCCAUAGUGGUGGCAGCAAAACAACAACAGCAACGACUAACACAACAUCUGCCUCUUCAACAACCACAGCCACCGCCACAACAACGUCUGCAGCGUCAACAACUUCCGCCUCCAAGGGCGAUAAAAGUGAAACCACAUCGAGUACAGAUGCUGCUUCCACCGGAACAGCUGCCAAAACGAAAGCGGGAGAUAACACCUCGAGCAAAGUGGAAGAACCUAAUAAAGAGGAUUCCAAAGAGAACAACACUAAGAAAAAAUCCAACGAUCCUAAUAAUUCAACAACAACAACAACGACAAGUGAUAAAAAUAGUGGUGGUGGAAGUAAAACUGAAGCCACAACAACAAGUAGUACCAGCAGUAGUAGUAGUAGUAGCAACAGCAGCUUUACAAAAGAGGAAGAUCCUUUAGCUAUAUCAACAACAUCUAUAACAGGCACAACUGCAACAUCUACUACAGUUCUCUCGACUACGUCUUCAACUUCAACAACAUCGUCAUCAUCUGUGGUAACAAAUGCAACAACUACACAUCCGCCCUUAACAACAACUACAACGCCAAAUGGCAUUAAAUCCUCGUAUGCGGCAGCUAUGGCCCAACAAGCCGUUAAUGCUGCAGCAAACGCCACAGCCUCCUCUAAUGACAACAACAAAUCACCAGCCAACAGCAGUAGCAAUGAUAAACUACUGGCCAAUAGCAACAACAAUAACUCGUCCGCAAGUGCUACUAAGGACAAUGCUUCUACCAAUAACAACAACAACAAUUCCAAUAGCAGUAAUAUAGCUGCCACCAGUAGCACGGCGACGAAACAAACGGCCAAUAAUAGUAAUAAUGUUACAACGCCGACUACCUCAACUACGGCUGGUAAUUUCUUGGGUCAAAAACUUAAAGUGGCACAAGUUGAAGGCCUUAUGGGGGCAAAUAACAAUAAUAAUAAUAAUAACAAUACAGACUGUAACUCAGAUGUUAGUGAUCCCAAAAAGAAACGUGUUGCUGAUACGGAUAAUUCGCAUAAUUUAACGAGUAGCCUUAACAGCAGCAACAAUAAUUCCAACACCACCAAUAUAACCAACAUUAAUAACCAACAACAACCUCCUCCUGCUUCUAAUUCUAAUACAAAUAAUCUUAAUUUGAAAGCUGCCUCGGCAACGUCAGCAGCAAAUAGCAUUCCUGCCAAUAUUAAUAGCAACAAUAAUAACUUGAAUGCAAAUGAUAUUGUUGCUACUGCAGCCACUGCUGCAGCUGGUGGUGGUGGUGUUGGUGGUAAUGCUAAUCUGUCAGCAACUAGCAAUGCUACUGCAGCCAUUACUACUACCAAACCAAAUGCUGUAUCUACGGCUCAUAUAUCCUCAAUAGCAACUAUAACAUCAACCUGUACAUCAUCAACGGUAGCCGCUUCUUCAUCUGCCACAACUAUUGCAACAGCAGUCUCUUCUGCUGCAGUAGCUGCAUCAAUAACAACAACGACAUCGUCUUCAUCAUCAUUAUCCACAGUUGAUCAGAAUGCGAUCGAUGGUAAAGAUAAACUUGCCACCUGUUUUGUUUGUAAAGCGGAAAAUUGCCCUCGUACCCGCCCCCUGAAAAAGGGUCGUGGUCAACAAUAUGGCAUACCCGAUGAUACCAUACCAGCCGGUGCUAGAGUUUGUAAUACGUGUCAAUGUAAAUCGGUACGAACACGUUAUCCCAACUGUCCUCUACCCACUUGUCCAAAUCCCAAAGAUCGUGCCAAACGUCUGCGCAAUAUACCGGCACGCCUUUAUGAACUGGCGCCCGAAGUGCGUGAUCCCAUAAUGCAAGAAUUUCAAAUACCUGCACAGGCAACUCGUUGCUGUUCGGCUUGUCUUAUGCGUAUACGAAGAAAAUUGGAUCCGCAUGUUAAUCUGACUGAUGAAGAGCGUCGUACGGAUGGUGAUGAAUCGGAUGUUAGUACAUCGUCAUGUGAUGAACGUGAGCCGGGUGGCAGUGAUACUGCUUCGGUGGAAAGUCCCGAAAGUCAGCGUCAUAAUUCGCUAAGCAAGGAUCUCGUACAAAAACCUUCUGGCCAAUUGGUGGCUAAUAAAAAUAUGGAAAUCAUCAAUAGUUCUUCUACUCCCGACACUACUUCAGCGGCGACAGCCGCAGUCAGUGGGGUUGGUAGUAUUAGUAAUAAUACUGUUUCCAUUACCAAAGCAGAUGAACGCUUAUUGCCACCACUCGGUCAUGCGCCUAAGAAACAAAAGACUUCCGAGGAAUAUGACUCCUCGGCUACAGAAACCGCCGAUGAAGAGAAUGAGAAUUCUCCUGCCAAUCGUCAAAGUCCCAAGGUUAUACUAAACAGUACGAGUAGUGGUGGCAGUGGUGGUGUUGUUACAUGCAGCAGCAGUAGUUCUGUGGUAGUGUCAGCCGCCUCAGGUUUAGGACCACCACCUCCAACCUCAUCCAUAAAUGGUCCAAUGCCACCAUCGUCUGCUCCGUCUUCAUCGCCCAACGCAGGACCGGAUGCCAAUAAACAGGGCCAUGCUAUGUCGCGUGAUUUGCAAGACUAUCUUUACAAGGUAAUUGAACAUUCCCUCAAGCAAAAGGGUCCUCCACCUUCCAAACCACCAGCCCAGCCACCUACACAAACAAAUCAACUUUCCAAUCCACACAUGGUAAAUAUGAGCAAACCGCCCAUACAACUGACCUUGGAUUCAGCGCCAAACAGCGGCAGUGUCAGCAACAAUAACAGACGCAAUGAGGUAAUUAGCAGCAGCAGCACAGCCAACAACAACAGCCUCAACAUCAGCAGUAAUAAAAACAAUAACAGCAACAAUAAUUCCAAUAACGAUGUCACCAUUGUACGGGAAUAUCGCAAUGAUGGCUCGAUCAAACAUCAACAACAGGCUCAUGGCCAGCCCUUGAUUGUGGGCGGCAGUGGUUCAGCUUCUUCGGGCAAUAGCGUACAAAAUCUAAAUGUACGACAAUCACAAAUAGUCCAGCAACAGCCACCACCAACUAGUACACAAAUGGGCUCCACUGCUAGUACGGCUCCGGGUCAUCCGGAAAAUUUAGCCACCUUAUCGGUGGUGAAUACGUAUAUGCCAGGUCAACAUUUACCUCCACCUUCGCAUGGCAUGCUGCAUCAUCAGCAGCAUGAUAUCAAGGCCACCAUUACACCCGUCAUGAAGUCGGGCAAAACAUCGACUCCACCCCAUGUGGUGGCACCCUCCCCUGACAGCAUAAUCUAUGGUGCAUCACGUAACAACGAACCUGAGCCUCAGACUCUGGACUUGUCGAUUAAGAAACCCUCCAGAGAUGGACCCUCACCACACAAUUCAUCUAAUAACUCCUCGUCGGCCGCGUCGGGAGUUGGCAGUGAUAGUGGCAGUGUUGGUGUAUCACGUCAUCAGCAGCCUGGCAGCAGUUCGGGUGUUAAACACGUGGGCAAUGCUCCCAGCAUGUAUCGUGGUUCAGAACCAUCACCUCUUAUUGCAGCUCCGCCUAAUCAUGCGUACCUUUAUCAUCCUCACCCAGCCACUGUGGGAGUAGGUAAAGUACCACCACCGGGUUCCCUUUAUGUGUCACAAGUACCUGUUCCCAUGUCUAUAACUCAACAGCCUGGUGGUCCAGGAUUGGGUAGUUCCUCGCAACGAGGACAAUCCUCACAGCAGCCACCACCUCCCUCACAACCACCACCAUCGCACAUGCAAUUGUCGGGUCAACACAGCAAAUCUAUGGGUGGCAGUGUCAAUAAGAUGCCGCCGAAAUUAAGUCCACAAUUAAUACAUCCACCACCGCCGCAUUCGCAUCAGGCUCCCUCACCUUCCCAGCAGCAGCAACAACAGCAAUUACUGGUGGGACCUAAAGGUUCCAUAACCCAUGGCACCCCCGUCAAUAAUGCCGCUCAACAGAUAAUUGUGCACUCCGCCCCCGCUGGAGCAACCUUAAGUCCUAAGUUUGAUAAUCUACUAAGACAGACACCCCCUUCGGGUGCUUCGGGCGCUGAAAGUAAUAAAUUGGGCUCGAUAACUCAGGGCACGCCCAUACACCUGCCCUCGCAUUUGGACAGUAAACGAGCCUAUGAAUAUGCCUACAAAUCCUCACAACGUCAAAGUCCAGCUCAAAUGCAGCAUCAUCCCCCACCACCGCAACAGUCAUCACCACAAGGUCCACCCCAAAAUACCUACUCGGUGGGACCCUUCUCUAGAGCCCCCUAUGCAGUGGAACAACCGCCUGUCUUGAGCACUCGGCAAAUUGUAAUGCACGAUUAUAUAACAUCGCAACAAAUGCAGGGACAACAGCAAAGAAAUGUGCCACGCAGUGGUAGUGCAAACUCAGCUGGUACUCCUGCUUCAGGCAAGGAAUCACCUUCACCCCGUAACUCAGCCAGUGGACUGGUAUAUUACGACAAGGAAAGAGGACGCACCGAAUACUCGAGUCGAGCCUCACCGGCAGAACAUGCCAAUAGUACUCCCAGCCCUCAUCGUACACCGCCACCACCAAGGCAAGGUGUUAUCCAACGCCACAAUACAGGCUCUAAACCACCCUCACCUGCUGCGCCACCCCAAAAUCGUAUGCAUGUAGUGAUGGCGCACAAUUUUCCGCCAGGUAAGAAUGCCGGAGAACAAUUAGAAAGAGAUUCAGGUGGUCGAUGGAAUGCUCAUUUGGAUCCUUUUCUUUCUUUAGCCGGUCACGAUGCCUUUUCGUCAUUCGUUGACGUUGCUGUGCAGCAACCCCAAUUGCCAGUGCCCUCCCAAAAAGAUGACAAAUCAUCCGCUCCCUCUGGACCGCCAGGAGGCUCUGCAGGUGGUGGUCCACCACCACCUAAUGCCGGUCAACCACAACCGCCACCUCCCUCUCACCACGAUUCCAUACGCUAUCAAAUGAAUCGUGAUCAACAUAUGGCCGCUUUACAAAUGCAACAUCACCAUCAACAGGCGGCCGCAGCAGUCGCACAACAACAGCAUCAGGCCGCUGUAGCCGCUCAACAGCAUCAGUACCGUCAGCAGCAUGCCGAUAUGCAACGACGUCUGGAACAACAGAAGCGAGACCAGCGCAUGCAUAAUGCGGCCAUUGAGAGAGAUCGUGACGCGAAACGUCAAGAGAGAGAUCGUAUGGAACGUAUGCAUGCCGAACGUUUAGAUCGUGAGAGAGAACAACGCGAAAGGGAUCGCGAGAGAGAUCGUGAAAGAGAUCGUGAGAGGCGUGAGCAAGAGCGUGCUGCUGAAGAGCGAGAGCGUGAUGGCAGGCGUAUGGAGCGUAUCUAUGCGGGUAAUGCUGCAACAGCGGCAGCAGUGGCAGCGGCAACGGGACAACCACAUUAUAUACGUGGACCUCCCCCACCAGAGACAGGACCACCACGUACGAUACCAGAUCGCGAACGAGAUCCCUAUCAUAGGACUCAUCCUGGCCAACCACCCACAGAGGGUACAUUUUCCGCCCAGAAUCUAAUCGAUGCUAUAAUCAAACAUCAAAUUAGUCAAACCAGCACUGAACCCAACAGAGAUUUAACCAGAACUGGAUUUUAUAAUGCCCGAGAUAUUGGACCACCGCGUCAUCCUACAAACGCCACAAUUUCAUCUCUACAAGCGGCUGAAAACAAUGGCAAAUCAUCAUCGCCCAAUGUCAUUAAUAUUGAUCUAGACAAUGAUCGUAGCACUGUGGCAUCAUCAUCGUCUUCGUCCAGUGGAGGUCAUCACGAGCCACCCUCAUCACGUAACUCACGCGGUGGCGGACAUAGUGGCAUGCCGCCAACAUCAUCACAGCCACCACCACCCCAAUCCCAGUCAUCACAAAUGCGUACGAAAAACAUUACAUUCGGAGAAUUAACCGAUAAAAUUAUAUCGAAUGACUAUCACAAUCCAAUGCAUUUACGGGCACCGCCACCACACCCAACCAACUUUAUGCCCUAUAUGCAAGAUCCUCAGGGCAUUAUAGCCACCGAUGUGUGGAAAAUGAGUAGGCGUGUACAAAAAGAGGCAGAAGCGGCAGCAGCAGCUGCGGCAGCCGGACCAAAAGGUGUACCAUCGUCUGCUCAACAACAGGGUGUGAAUUCAAAUUCCAAUCCGGGCACUCCCAACAGCCAGGGCGGUAGAUCUACAACGCCCGGUGAUGAACGCAACAUAAUAAGAAUGCCCCAGUCUCAUAGUCCGCGCAGUAAAUACAUGCAGGAGUUUAUGAUACAAGCCCAGGACUAUCAUUAUCAGCAACAGCAGCAGCAACAACAUCAACAGCAAGCAGGCAGUUCUAUUAUGAGAGGAGGCUCAGCCUAUGACUCUAAUCCGGGUCCGGGGGGUUCCUCUAGUUCGGCAGGAGGCAGUGGUGGUGGCUCAGGGCCACCAGUGGUACCAAAUCACACUUUCGAUACCAUGAAAUAUGUACAAAAUCGUAUUGUAGAGGUAAUGCGCACCGAGGAUGAUCAUCGUGCUGCCAGCGGUGCCGGUCCAGGUCCUUCCAAUGAUCAUCAUGAUCAUCACAACGAUCAUCGCAUGAAAGAUCCUCAUGAACCGCGCAAAACACCCAAUCAAUAUGAUGAUCGCGAUGGUGGUCGCCGCUCUGCCAGCAGUGAUUCCUCACAUUCGCAUCCUUCUAGUAUGGGUGGUGGCUCCUAUCAGCCGGCCCCCGUUACAACAUUUGCUGCCACCACUUAUGCUUAUCCCUAUAGCGCUUUGAAUGUACCCAGUUCGGUGGCUGGUCUACCGCCACCUCCACAAAUGAGCUUAAAUGUAGCCCAUCAAAUGCCACCCACUUCGGGUUCUUCGGCUCAUAAACAACCCACACAUGUGUUGCAUGGUGGCGGCGGCAGUGGCAGUAUGGGUCAUGAUGGUGGUCCCAAUUCGGUGGUAAGCACUACAUCGGGUGGUGGUCCGGGUGGUCAAGCGGGUUCGGCUAAUGAACCUAAACCUCUGCUGUCGGCUCAAUAUGAGGCAUUAAGUGAUGAAGAUUAGUUGUGACUUCAAGCGUCUGGGGUGCAGCAUCGCUAUCAAGCACAAACCCAGACGCAUGCCAUACAUACUCAGCAACAGACACAACAGCAACAACAUCAGCAGCAGCAUCAUAAUACACAGCAACAACAACAGCACCACAAUCAAACACAUCAUCAAUAUCAAGUUGCUGCUGUUAAUCGUUUGUCAUCAGCUGAAGAACAAACAAGAACAAGUAUACGAAGUCACUCUAAGCACUCUAAUUCUCAGCAACAACAUUAUCAAACUAAUCAGCAACAUAUGAACCUACAACAACAGCAACAACCACAAUACAAUUAUGCACGUAAUGUUUAUAAAACUCACGAUUUAACGAUAGAACAUCAGCAGCAAACGCCACAAACUCAGCAAACAAUGCAAACAACAACACAUUAUCAGCAACAGCAUCAUCAUCAGCAGCAGCAACAACAACAGCACUUACAACGCCAACAGCAACAACAACAACAACAACUUUCAUUUAAUGGUAAUAUGAAAAAUAACAACAACCUCAAUACAAACAAUAAUAACAAUCGUUAUUUUUAAGACAAAUAGUAGAAAACUUUUUCCCCCACUCACUUUCUAAAUUAUUCUUAUUCCAAGAAAAAAAAAAAAUAGCGAGCAUUUAUUUGUUAUUAAAAAAAAGGGAAAUUUGUAAAAGAAGAGAAAAAGAAAAAACAAGCUUAUUUACGAGUGCUACUCCUAGCUCUCUCUCUAUAUAUAUUUUCACUCAUUACUCGCCUCUCUUAAACUUAGACAAACAAAAUGAAAACUGUAAAAAUUAUUAAUAAUAAAAUUUUGAAA